AUGUCGCUGCCUCCUCCUCCUGACCUCAACGCCGAGUGCUGGGUCGGGUUCGCGCUCGCCAUCGCCUCCACAAGCUGUUGUGGGAGCAAAAUUAAACGAAUUUCAACAGCUCUUUGCUUCACUCACAGUGCAACAAUAUCGGUCUCCAGGUGUGUGGGGGAGGAGAUGGAUGUUACUAUUAGGGAAGAGGUGUUUAGCAGGCAUGUUAAUUUCAGGUUUAAACUCCUCCCGCUGCUCGCCGAUGUAAAGGUCAUUGCUGAUCAUUUGUCUGCUGAGGAAGUUGAGGAUAUAAAGGAUAUGUUCAAGACUAUGGAUACUGCCAAUGAUGGAAUUGACAAGUCUUCUACCUCCAACCUAAAGAUUGAAGCACUUGUAUUAACAAGGCUUGUUAUGGUUUCACAUUCGCCAUCUGUGUUUCAUCCAUACAUCAAGACACUUUCUGCACCUAUAUUGUCUGCUAUCAGAGAUAGAUAUUAUAAAGUCACUGUUGAGGCUUUGCGGACAACCGCAGUUGAUUUUAAGCCAUACAUUGGUCCAAUCUAUAAUGCGAUAUUGGGACGUUUGGCCAAUCAAGAUCAGGAUCAGGAGGUAAAAGAAUGCGCCAUAUCUUGCAUGAGUUUGGUGGUCUCUACUUUUGGUGAUGGUCUUGAAAGAGAAUUACCAGCAUGCCUUCCCAUACUCGUUGACAGGAUGGUAAAGGAUACUGCUGAGGCGUACCUUGGCAAGAAGAUCAACGAUGCUGUCGUCACUGUCCCUGCAUACUUCAAUGAUGCGCAGAGGCAGGCAACCAAGGAUGCUGGUGUCAUUGCCGGCCUCAAUGUUGCUAGGAUCAUCAAUGAGCCAACUGCUGCUGCUAUUGCCUAUGGUUUGGACAAGAAGGGUGGCGAGAAGAACAUCCUUGUCUUUGACCUUGGUGGUGGUACUUUUGAUGUCAGUAUCUUGACCAUUGAUAACGGUGUGUUUGAGGUGCUGGCCACCAAUGGUGACACCCAUCUUGGAGGUGAGGAUUUUGACCAGAGGAUCAUGGAAUACUUCAUCAAGUUGAUCAAGAAGAAGUACAACAAGGACAUCAACAAGGACAACCGUGCUCUUGGGAAGCUGAGGAGGGAAGCUGAGCGUGCCAAGAGAGCCCUGAGCAACCAGCACCAGGUCCGAGUUGAGAUCGAGUCCCUCUUUGACGGGACCGAUUUCUCGGAGCCGCUGACCCAUGCCAGGUUUGAGGAGCUGAACAACGAUCUGUUCCGCAAGACUAUGGGCCCUGCCAAGAAGGCCAUGGAGGACGCUGGCCUUGAGAAGAGCCAGAUCCACGAGAUCGUCCUGGUUGGUGGAAGCACCAGGAUUCCCAAGGUCCAGCAGCUCCUGAAGGACUACUUUAAUGGCAAGGAGCCCAACAAGGGUGUGAACCAUGAUGAGGUUGUUGCCUUUGGUGCCGCGGUGCAGGGAAGCAUCUUGAGCGGCGAGGGUGGUGACGAGACAAAAGAUAUCCUCCUCCUUGAUGUGGCUCCUCUCACCCUGGGUAUUGAGACCGUUGGUGGAGUCAUGACCAAGUUGAUCCCGAGGAACACUGUCAUCCCGACCAAGAAGUCGCAGGUGUUCACCACCUACCAGGACCAGCAGACCAUUGUCUCCAUCCAGGCAUUUUCAGUUAUUGCGAAUUCACCUCUACGUAUUGAUCUCUCGUGUGUCCUGGAUCAUGUUGUUUCUGAGCUCACAGCUUUCCUUCGUAAGGUACUUGCAUAG